UGCUAACUGCUAGCGGGGGGUGGGGGGGGAGAAAAUUAAAGGGAAAAAUAAGAGGAGACAGAGGAAAGGUGACAGCUAGAUUAUUUAGAAGAGGCGCAGAGGAGAGAAAUCGGUGUGAGUCGCCAUGGGGACUCCCAGGGCCCAGCACCCGCCGCCUCCCCAGCUGCUGUUCCUAAUUCUGCUGAGCUGUCCCUGGAUUCAGGGUCUGCCCCUGAAGGAAGAAGAGGCACUGCCAGAGCCUGGAAGUGAGGCCCCCACAGCAGCCUCUGAGGCUUUGGCCGAGCUUCUCCAUGGGGCCCUGCUGAGGAGGGGUCCAGAGAUGGGCUACCUGCCGGGAUCUGAUCCAGACCCCACACUAGCCACCCCUCCAGCCGGCCAGACUCUUGCAGCGCCCUCCCUGCCACGGGCCACUGAGCCAGGGACAGGGCCUCUGACAACAGCUGUAACCCCUAAAGGGGGCAGGGGGGCCGGCCCCACCGCACCAGAGCUGCUGACCCCGCCCCCGGAAACUACGGCCCCGCCCCUUCCUGGCCCCGCCUCCCCAGGCCCGCCCCUUGGGCCUGAGGGAGGAGAGGAGGAGACCACGACCACGAUCAUCACCACGACAACUGUUACCACCACGGUGACCAGCCCAGUUCUGUGUAAUAACAACAUCUCGGAGGGCGAAGGGCACGUGGAGUCUCCAGAUUUGGGGAGUGCCGCCAGCCGCACCGCGGGGCUCCUGGACUGCACAUACAGCAUCCACGUCUACCCCGGCUACGGCAUCGAGAUCCAGGUGCAGACGCUGAACCUAUCUCGGGAAGAAGAACUCCUGGUGCUGGCUGGUGGGGGGUCCCCAGGCCUGGCCCCCCGACUCCUUGCUAACUCCUCCAUGCUGGGAGAAGGACAGGUCCUUCGGAGUCCAACCAACCGGCUGCUCCUGCACUUCCAGAGCCCACGGGUCCCCAGGGGCGGUGGCUUCCGGAUCCACUAUCAGGCCUACCUCCUGAGCUGCGGCUUCCCUCCCCGGCCAGCCCAUGGGGAUGUGAGCGUGACUGACCUGCACCCUGGGGGCACUGCCACCUUCCACUGUGAUUCAGGCUACCAGCUGCAGGGUGAGGAGACCCUUACCUGCCUCAACGGCACCCGGCCAGCCUGGAGCGGUGAACCCCCCAGCUGCAUGGCAUCCUGUGGUGGCACCAUCCACAAUGCUACUCUGGGCCGCAUUGUGUCCCCUGAGCCUGGGGGAGCGGCAGGGCCCAACCUCACCUGCCGUUGGGUUAUCGAAGCAGCUGAGGGACGCCGGCUUCACCUGCACUUCGAGAGGGUCUCACUGGAUGAGGACAAUGACCGGCUGAUGGUGCGCUCAGGCGGGAGUCCCCUCUCCCCAGUCAUCUAUGACUCGGACAUGGAUGACGUCCCAGAGCGGGGUCUCAUCAGUGAUGCCCAGUCCCUCUAUGUGGAGCUGCUUUCAGAGACACCUGCCAAUCCCCUGCUGCUAAGCCUCCGAUUUGAAGCCUUUGAAGAAGAUCGCUGCUUCGCUCCCUUCCUGGCACACGGCAAUGUCACCACUACGGACCCUGAGUACCGCCCGGGGGCACUGGCCACCUUCUCGUGCCUCCCAGGAUAUGCCCUGGAGCCCCCUGGCCCCCCAAAUGCCAUCGAAUGUGUGGAUCCCACAGAACCCCACUGGAACGACACAGAGCCAGCCUGCAAGGCCAUGUGUGGAGGGGAGCUGUCAGAGGCGGCUGGUGUGGUCCUCUCUCCCGACUGGCCCCAGAGCUAUAGCCCCGGCCAGGACUGUGUGUGGGGCCUGCACGUCCAGGAAGAGAAGCGCAUCUUGCUCCAAGUUGAGAUCCUGAAUGUGCGUGAAGGGGACAUGCUGACAUUGUUCGACGGGGACGGUCCCAGCGCCCGAGUCCUGGCCCAGCUGCGGGGACCUCAACCGCGCCGCCGCCUCCUCUCCUCUGGGCCUGACCUCACGCUACAGUUCCAGGCACCGCCAGGGCCCCCAAACCCGGGCCUGGGGCAGGGUUUCGUGUUGCAUUUCAAAGAGGUCCCGAGGAACGACACGUGCCCGGAGCUGCCACCUCCGGAGUGGGGCUGGAGGACGGCCUCCCACGGGGACCUGAUCCGGGGCACGGUGCUUACUUACCAGUGCGAGCCUGGCUACGAGCUGCUCGGCUCCGACAUCCUCACCUGCCAGUGGGACCUGUCCUGGAGCGCGGCGCCGCCCGCCUGCCAAAAGAUCAUGACUUGCGCCGACCCUGGUGAGAUCACCAACGGGCACCGUACCACCUCAGACGCUGGCUUCCCUGUGGGCUCUCACGUCCAGUACCGCUGUCUGCCGGGGUACAGCCUGGAGGGGGCGGCCGUGCUCACCUGCUACAGCCGGGACACGGGCACACCCAAGUGGAGCGACCGGGUCCCCAAGUGUGCCUUGAAGUAUGAGCCGUGCCUGAACCCAGGGGUGCCAGAGAACGGCUAUCAGACGUUGUACAAGCAUCACUACCAGGCCGGCGAGUCUCUGCGCUUCUUCUGCUACGAAGGCUUUGAGCUCAUCGGCGAGGUCACCAUCACCUGUGUGCCCGGCCACCCCUCCCAGUGGACCAGCCAGCCCCCACUCUGCAAAGUGGCCUAUGAGGAGCUCCUGGACAACCGAAAACUGGAAGUGACCCAGACCACAGACCCGUCGCGGCAGCUGGAGGGUGGGAACCUCGCCUUGGCCAUCCUGCUGCCCCUAGGCCUGGUCAUUGUCCUCGGCAGUGGCGUUUACAUAUACUACACCAAACUACAGGGAAAAUCCCUCUUCGGCUUCUCGGGCUCCCAUUCCUACAGCCCCAUCACUGUGGAGUCAGACUUCAGCAACCCACUGUAUGAAGCUGGGGAUACACGGGAGUAUGAAGUUUCCAUCUGAAUCCCAAGACUAAGGCUGCAGGACCCAGGACGCCCUUCCCCUCCCCACUCUGGGCAGGGAGGAGCACAGGACCUCAUCUCUGGCUCCUUUCCUCCCUGCUGUGUAAAUAGUCUCUUGGUCCCACGAGGGGGCUUUGACGGCCCCGGGACCCUACAGUAAAUAAACCAGCAUCCUGCCGCCCAA